AUGGAAACGUUUGUUUUCUUGUUUCCUCAAUUUAACUUCAUGGCCCAAAAGGAGGAAGCGUAUUUCAAAAGUCACGGUCCACGAGACAAGCAAGAACCAACAAUGAAGGCUGAUAAAAGCAGACAGCAAGAAAAGGAGAGGAAGAGCCGUGCUAGUUUCACCAGGUCUGGCUCUCAUGAAAAUGUCAGUCAACAGAAGAAGACCCAACCCAGCAACAUUUCAGCAGAAACGGCUCUGCAAUGGAGCAACUCAUUUGAAGAACUGAUGAAGAACGCAGACGGGGUGGAAACUUUCUCUCAAUUCCUUCGCUCUGAGUUCAGUGAGGAAAACUUAGAGUUCUGGCUGGCGUGUGAAGAAUUCAAGACCUCUGAGUCUGAGAAGAAGCUGCUGUCUAAAGCCAAAAAUAUUUAUACUGUUUUUAUUGAGUCGGAUGCGCCUAAAGAGGUCAACAUUGACUACAGAACCAAGAUGGCCAUCCAGAAAAACUUAGCACAGCCCACAAGCAGCUGUUUCGAAGAGGCUCAGAUGAAAGUCUACAGCCUGAUGAAAAAAGACUCCUAUCCCAGAUUCCUGCACUCGGACCUUUAUUUACGCCUCACAAGCAAAAGAGGACCGGGAAUCCCGAUGUUUCGCAGAAGGUCACGCUCCUGUGUGUUCAACGACCGAGGCGGUGACGGCGCUGAGCCUUCACCGUGGUAG